AUGCAACCUGAACCUGAUAGAGAACAUUUGGAAGUUGUUAAAGAUAAUAUCCAAAAGCAUGAAGACUUUCCGAGAACUGUGAACGAACUUAAAAUUGCAUUGAGAGAGGAGUGGGAAAAUUUGGAUCGCUCUAUUUUCGAGGAGGUUGUUACCUCAAUACCAAAAAGAAUCGAUGCGGUAUUAAGAGCAAAUGAUUCUACGAAAGAAAUAACAUCAAGUAGCUUAUAUUGUUUGACAUGGUAUAUCAAAACGGUUAUUUAUCGAAAAAAUAUCUUUCAAGCAAGAUCUAGCAAUGUAAGAAUAAGAAUGACUAUGCAACAAGCGGUUUCAAUUAAUGAGGGUGAUGAUGAAAGUUUAGCCCAAGAAAUUCUAAAAACAGAUAAAGCAUUAGGGUUUUUUAUAAAGAAUAAAAGACAAAACAAUUCAAUGAAUGAAAAUCCAGUUUUGUCGCAAUGUUAA